AUCGAUAAGCGUCCGAUCAGCUGUUCUAUGUUUACAAUUUACUUGUUGUUUUCGAUGAAAAUGUCUUCGAAAAAAACUCGCGGAAAAAAUUUUACGGAGCAAGAAGAAGACGUUCUGCUCGAUCUCGUCCUUCUGAACAAGGAUAUACUGCGCGACAAGAAGAUGGAUGCCGCAACUUGGCGAAGAAAGACCGAAACGUGGGAGCGACUGACCAUGGAAUUUCAAGCGAAAACUGGAACGGAUCGUUCGUGCAUUGCACUUCGCGAUAAGUACGAUAAUAUGAAGAAAAUAAUUAGGCGUUUGAAAAAAGAGAAGGAUUUCCAAAGCGGAGUUAGCUGCAGGUGCCAGAAUUCUACCAUGUCGCAGAAUAUCAACGCCAGUCCACUGGAAGACCAGUUUGAAAGUGACGUAAACAAAUUUAAAUGGUAAUCAGUGUGCCCAGAGAAGUAAUCUAACGAAAUGCUGCCGUUAUCGACUCGGUACUCGUUAUUUCUUGAGCUUUCGUGUGCUUCGCCAGCAAAGCCGCCAUUCUCACAAAACGAACGUU